AUGGAGGACACGAUGGAGAAGCAAGGAGUCGAAAAACCAGUUGAAGUGAAAAGAAGAGUUGUAGAUUUAUAUUUUUGUGGACUGUCAUUUGCCGAGAUUGGAGAUCAAAGUGGUGUUUCAAAGCAGACAGCCUAUAAUAUCGUCAAACGGUUUGUUGCCACCGAGAGUAUCCUGCCAGGAAAGCGUAAGAGCAACCAAUCCGCGACUAAGAAACUAACCGACAACGUUAUAGACUAUGUCGAAUAUUAUAAAACGUUGAGACCGAGCAUUUACAGAUGGGAAAUUCGACAAAAACUACUCGAAGAUGGUGUGUGUACGGCGGCAACCCUCCCCGGACGUUCAUCGAUCACUUACGCGGUUCAGAUAUGCUUAAACAUGACCAGAAAGAAAUUAUCAAGCAUGCUAACGGAAUCGUGCACUGAUGAGAAUAUCAAAAGACAGUUGGACUUUCUAGAAGAGGUGUCGAAUUAUGAACCGCAUCGUCUGCAUUGGUUUGAUGAGGCAUCUGUAAUAAAAACGACUGGAAAUCGCAGAUACGGACAUGCCACGUUUGGGUCCCGUGCAACUUUCACAGCCAACCUAUUAGUCGGAGUGUCUGAUAUCGACCACGUUGAUGUAAUAGAAGGACCAUCAAAUGGAUACGAACUUUUACAUUUUUUUCAUGAAGCCGUUGCCGAAGUUAACGAAAUGGGGAAUCCAUGUUUAGCUCCGAAUGACGUUGUUAUUAUGGACAACUGCCCAUUUCACGACGCUCGUCAUGUCGAGCAAAACCUGCUAGAUUUAUUGAACCACCAAGGCGUUAGAUUAUUUUUUCAACCACCCUAUAACCCUCAGUUUAAUGUGUGUGAACUAUGUUUCAGACAUUUAAAGUCAGAGCUGAUUAUUAUUUCAACCACCCUAUAA